AUGGCGCCGCGUGCGGUCGUGUUCGACUUGGACGGGGUCCUGGUGCUGCCAUCGGUCGCGAGCGCCCUUGGCCGCGCCGAGGAGGAGUUGGCAUUGCCCAGAGGCUUUCUCAAUGAAAUUUUCAAGAAAGGAGACCAGGAUAGUUCCAGUUUUCGUCUCAUGAGGGGAGAGAUCAUGUUUUCCCAGUGGGUGUCACUUGUGGAAGAAGACUAUAGGAAACACGCUGAGGAUUCUGGAGUCAGCCUCCCAGAGAAUUUCUCUGUCAGUCACAUCUUUGGCCAGGCCAUUUCAGCAAGGAAGGUCAACCACUCCAUGCUUCAGGCAGUUCUCGCUCUCAAAAAAAAGGGGUUUACAACCUGCAUCCUCACCAACAACUGGCUGGAUGACAGUACCCAGAGGAGCAGCCUGGCCCAGCUGAUGUGUGACCUGAGGCCGCACUUUGACUUCCUGAUAGAGUCAUGUCGGAUUGGAAUGGCCAAGCCUGAUCCUCAGAUCUACAAGUUUAUGUUGGACACCUUGAAGGCCAGCCCCAGUGAGGUUGUUUUCUUGGAUGACAUUGGGGCCAAUCUGAAGCCAGCCCGUGAUUUAGGAAUGGUCACCAUCCUCGUCCGUGACAGUGACAAGGCCCUGCAAGAGCUGGAGAAAGUCACCGGGGUGCAGCUUCUCAAAACAGAAGUUGCAGCCCCUCUCCCAAUCCCAUGCAAUCCAAGUGACAUGAGCCAUGGGUAUGUGCCAAUCAAGCCCGGGGUGCAUCUGCAUUUCGUGGAGCAGGGCUCUGGCCCUGCUGUGUGCCUCUGCCAUGGAUUUCCUGAGAGCUGGUUCUCUUGGAGGUACCAGAUCCCAGCUCUAGCCCAGGCGGGUUUCCGGGUACUGGCUGUGGACCUGAAAGGCUAUGGAGACUCCUCCGCUCCUCCUGAAAUAGAAGAAUAUUCCAUGGAAACAUUAUGCAAGGACAUGGUAACCUUCCUAGAUAAAUUGGGUAUCCUGCAGGCGGUGUUCAUUGGCCACGACUGGGGUGGCAUGCUGGUGUGGAGCAUGGCUCUCUUCUACCCUGAGAGAGUGAGGGCAGUGGCAAGUUUGAAUACUCCCUUCAUGCCAGCAAACCCCAAUGUGCACUUGAUGGAGAUAAUCAAAGCCAAUCCUGUUUUUAAUUACCAGCUCUAUUUCCAAGAACCGGGAGUGGCUGAGGCUGAACUGGAAGAGGACCUGUAUCGGACUUUCAAACUCUUUUUCAGAGCAAAUGAUGAGGUAGAGUUCACGACGUUCAACGUCUGUGAAAAUGGAGGACUCUUUGUGAAAUCCCCGAAAGAGCCCAGCCUCAGCAGGCUGGUGACCGAGGAGGACAUCCGGUUCUACGUGCAGCAGUUCAAGAAGUCGGGUUUCAGGGGUCCCCUAAACUGGUACCGAAACAUAGACAGGAACUGGAAGUGGGGCUGCAAAGCCACAGGAAGGAAGAUCCUGAUUCCGGCCCUGAUGGUAACUGCAGAGGAGGACCGAGUGCUUACUCCCAAGAUGUCCAAGCACAUGGAGGACUGGAUCCCCCACCUGAAAAGGGGGCACAUUAAGGACUGUGGACACUGGACCCAGAUAGAGAAGCCGGCCGAGUUAAACCAGAUCCUCGUGCAGUGGCUGGAAACCAAUGUCAGGGACCCACCAGUGGUCUCGAAGCUUUAG